UUCAAGGACAACAGUGUCCGGACCCAAAGUACGACGUCAUGCAUAGUUAGUUCUUUCCACAGUGUUGGCUAGUAAAGACGUAAAUUUUAACUCUUCGUUCGAUUUUCUUACUUGUUAUUUAAAAUGGAAUCUUCCAUCAAGUGCGUUUUUUGUAACAGUAAAAGAACAAAUGAUAAACUCGUUGCUUUUACCGUGCAUACGUUAAAAAAGUGCCGGGAAGUGUUGGACAUUCGGAAAAAAUUUAAUUUAAAAUACAAAGAUGUUAUUUUACCAGCAUCAGAAUGUAAUGACGGCUAUCAUAUAAAAUGCCUUAAAAUGUUCUUAGCAGUCAUGAAAAAGUAUUAUGAAAAAAUGGCACUUACAUCAUCGGAUAUUUCAGUUCAAACAGAUGAACCGACACCAAGCACUUCAUCUGCUCACGAAAUAGAACAAACACAUCAGGAAGGUCAAUCUGCCAUACAAGAACUUUCAGGUGAAAAAUUAACGGAGGCAGCAUUAAGUGUGGAGCAGGAUAUUUGUGCAUUUUGUAAUAAAAAAUAUAAAAAAUCCAAAGGACGUCAGGCACCACUUGUCAGAGGAGAAAAAAAAUUCUCAUUGAAGCCUUGGCAGAAUAUUUGGAUGUUGUGAAAGAUAGUGAAUUUUUUAAGUCACUUUCUAACGAGCCUCCGCACUUAUUUUAUCACAAAAUCUGUCGAAAAAAUAUUGUCUUAUCCAAUAACACCAAUUCCGUUAUCUCUAUGUCAUUCUGAUGGAACAAUUUGUAUGACUGAAAAAUCUGCAAUCACUCAGGUUUUACAAAUAAAUACAGCUGCUAACAUACCGCAAAUAUUCGACAUAGUCAUAAUCGAUGGAUUUUUCCUGCUCCACUUAAUGAAAGAAAUU